AUGACUCCUUCCAUGUCUCCGCAUGCUGUCAGGGCCAUCACCGAAACGAUGCGCCAGGAAAUGAGAGAUGCUGUAAAGAAAAUCAAAGUUACGAGUGUUAGCCCUGGCGCUGUGCUGACGGAAAUUUUCGACGGGUGGGACCUUCCCGCGGACAUGCAAAUGCUGCAGCCAGAAGAUAUUUCGCAAGCCGUUCUGUACACGUUGAGUACGCCACCACGGGUACAAGUGCACGAA